GUUCCUUGGCGCCUCAUCGUUGUUACUUCGAAGUAGUUGUGUGUGCGGGACUUGGAAAAUUCAAAAGUGGCGCGCUUGUGUUAAAUCAGCCAAUCAGAAACCGCCUCUGGGGAAUUUCGCCUCGACAAUGUGGGGCCAAUCACAAUCGAACGUUGUCUGGGCAAACCGGAGCGACGAAGAUCCAUGUCCGCGGCGGCGAAGGACGGCGUCAGUUCAGCGGCAACUGACGGAAGCGCGAGCACAGGGAUAGACGACGUCACCACGAAUGACGAAGCUUCUUCGUUCAUUCCAACGGAGGGAUCAGACAUCUCUCAGAAAAACGGACAUCACGAUUCCAACGGUGACGACAUUACUUCAGUUCCACAAGGGGACGACGAAUACGAGAGCGCUAAAUCCGCGAGUCCGAACCCUCCGCACAAUGCUGUGGAUGAGAAAUUAUCGGCAAAUGGAGACCAAGGUGGCGCCGAGGCUUCGGACACCGAAUCGGUUCCCGCUAAAACGAAGCAACCUCGGAAAUCGACACCUGCAAAGAAAGUCGCCGUCGUAGCGGAAUGGGAUGACGUGGCUGCGUCGUUGUCGGCGCAAUUUCUUGCCAAAAGCAGCGAAUUGGUGUCUCAGGACAAAGCGAUGUACGGACAAGUCGCGUGGGCGCGCAUUCGGGGAUACCCAUAUUGGCCAGGGUACAUCUGCGACCCAAAGAUGCUCGUACACGACUAUGUGUCGAUGCAAAAAUACCUUCCCUUGAUGGACACGCACUUUUGGGUGUACUUUUACCAGACAAACAACAGUGCGCCAGUGCUCCGGGCUGACAUUGCGCUGUGGGAAGACUCAUCCAAGCCAUUCCAUGAUGGCUUUCCAACGAAGAAGGGAAAACCGUAUAAGAAUGCCAAGUUUGACGAAGCCAAAACGAUUGCAGCGAAAGAGUUUCAGCUGCCCAUCGACAAGCGUGUUUCGUGGGUCGUUGUCAAGGUUUUGGACAAGGAGACAACUGGAGAAAAGAUGGCGCGAAAGCGUAAAGAAGGAGCUGCCGCCAAGCGCCCUCUAGUAGACCAACCGACAGAAUCUGAACCUGCCCCCGUCAAGAAACGCAGGGGACGUCCGCCAAAGAACCCCAGCUUGAGCGUCGCACCAACGACAUCCGUAGUCACACAACACCCUGACGUUGUCGAGGGAGCGUCUGAAGUGACAAAGACUCCCGACAGCGCAGCGACAGCUCCAGCCCCCAAGAAGCGCGGUCGGCCACCGAAAGUAAAACCUCAGCCAGUUGAAGUGGUCCCUGGAAACGAACCACCAGGAGAACAACAGGUGCCACCCGCUGCUAAAGCGACACCGACAACCCCCAUUAAGGCAAAGGGACGGCCUGGACGCAAGCCCAAAGCAAAGCCAGUGCAUGAGACUGAGGAACCUCCAUCCACAACGAAAAAUGUCACGGCCGACGACAUGGAGAAAACCACAGUGGCAGAUGAGAUUCCAGAUCAAGACACGAAAGAAAUUAAACCUCCUGUACCUAGUCAAGAGCCGAAGCGACAGCGGGGCCGACCACCAAAGGAUACCGCACCGAAACGUCGCGGCCGACCGCCGAAAGAACGACCUGCAGUCCCCCUUCAGAUUGUUGCUGACGCUCCUGCUGAAGUUGCAAACGUUGAUGAGCCUGGAGAAACAACAAAAACCACGACUGCAGUUGAAGCUCUUGGCACGUCGGAGCGCGCCACCGCUUCUGAGGGUGGCCCCAUGGAUGCGAAUUCGAAUGAAGAGAGCGGCAAAAAGACCCCCAGGACGACGUCAACAACUGUUGCAGAAGCGAAAAAAGAGUCAACAUCACACGAUGUUGACGGUGACGCUGAAAGCAAGACCGAAUCGGAUAUGAAUGUAAAACCUCCCCAGAGAAAACGGCCUGCUGCGAAUGCGAAAGGUCUGAAGACAAAGAAGGUGAAGACGAUACAGGACGAAGAAGUGGAGACUGAAGAGAAUAACGCUUCAUCCAAGGACACUGCGACGACGAGUGACGUGGCCGAGACAGCCCUCGUGAUUGAAACGCUGGAUCUUGAGUUGGCCACAAACUUGGCUAAAGAGUUGCAAGGAUGUGUCAAGGGCGAGUCGAAGGAGUCGAUCAGUUUGGCGUUGAAGAUCAUGAACGCGCUGAUUGAAUCGACGCAGUUCACACUCGAUACUCUCCAAAAAUCGGGGUUGCCCGUGGUCGUCAACUUGCUCCGAAAUACUUCGAUCAACCCAAACGUCAAAAAGACUGCAAGUGCCCUCCGCAAGCACAUGAUACGACAAUCAGGAUAUGAAAAGCCAAAGUCAAAGCCUGCCACCGUGGACGCACCGAUUGCCUCAGUGGAAAACGAAGCCCCCGAGCCCACGUCCGAGGUGUCCGUUCCGAUCGAGCCUUCCGCCAUUGCGGACAUUGAACCCAAACUACCAGUGGGUGAUCACGAGUCGGAAAACCAUACGACCCCCGAAGGCGACGAUGGGGUGUCUGGUGCCCCAUUUAGUCGCGAACGAGAGAUUGUUGUUCAAAUGAUUCAAGAAGUCAUCACGUCACCGAAAGUCAGCCGUGAGAUCGAGAAGGGGCUGUACGAUCGAUUCCUGGACACGACGGAAGAGUACAAGUCGCAAGCGCGCCGCGUGAUAUUUGGUUUGCGUGACCAUGAUUUGUGCCGUCAAAAGGUCCUGUCAGGGUCGCUCCAUGUUCUCGAGUUGGUGUUCGCCACAGACGAGGCCUUUACACAGUACAACUUGGCGCCAUGGAAAGCCAAGUAGACGAGUGCGAUGUGUAUUAUACGGGAAUUAUGAUGUACUAGUACUCUUGACGUGCUGCACCCGUUCGUCAAUCGUUCGUGCUUGC